UUUGCUUCUUGCCAGCCCGCCCGUGCUCAUUGUAUAGAUUGGAUCUGUAUUCAUUGUGAGACUGGAGAAACAGCUAAUUUCAAGUGUCCGAGUACCCUCACUUGGUGCUGUCCAGACCGGACACCUGCUGCCACCCAUCUACACAACCCGUCCAUGUGCACUGCUUGAAUCCCACAACCAUCUUGAGUGGCGUGGGACAGGCUUCGCCCGUCUUACGGCACACGUACUGCAAUGACAGACCUCACCCACAACCCUCACACCACGGAGACAUGGUCCCCCCCGCCAACGCACUCACCACCACCAGCUACCUUCUCGGGUCUCCCAGUCGAGAUCAUCCACGACAUCGCCCUCGAGCUCAGUCGCUAUGCGGACCUCGCCAGUCUCGCCGCCACGAGCUCACGGCUCUUCAACAUUGUCGAUCCUGUGCUGUACUUCCGCGCCGCCACUUCGUACCAGAAACGCGCGCUCUUCUGGGCAGCAGCUCACGGAAGGGUUGGUACGCUCCGCAAGGUGCUUGCCGCGGGUGUGGAUCCUAACCAUGUCUGGAGGUCGCAGUCGCACAGGACGGAAGCGCCCCUGUUCGAACUCGGGCCAGUGGAUGAGGACAUGACGAUGCCUGAGCAGGUCUUUGGUGGACCACGUGUGCUCGAGUCCAACUACUAUCUGCAACACCAAGACCCACCUCGAUAUCCCAGACCUCAACCGGCUGAGCCUCGACCGAGGCAAGAGCCUGCGCAGCACAAGAAGGAUGCUGGUGGCAGGUGCUUCGACCAAGAAAUCCAUUACGUGCCCAAGAGCCAGUUCUCGCAGCACUGUACCGCUCUCCACCUGGCUGUGCGACAUGACCAGGUCGGAUCUGUGGAAGCACUGCUCGACGCCGGCGCGGAUGUCAACGCCAGCUCGCAAGGCUUCUCUGAGUGCCGUGUCGAACAUCUUCUCAUGUCUUACCGGAUGAAUCCCACCGCAACUUACGCAUGGACGCCCUUGUUUGUCGCAUUCAACUACGGGAGGCUUGGGUUGGCUCGCAAGCUUCUUGCCAGCGGUGCAUCGCCACGGCUCUGCGCGUCGGACAUCAGCAAAGAAUCUGGCACGCCGAUGCUCACUGCACUCCACGCGGCAGCUGCUUUCGGCGACGUCGCCCUGAUCGACGAAUUGCUUAGCCAAGGCACGCCAGGACUGUCGGUCAACUCCCUGGACAGCAUCGACCAAGCCCCAAUCGUCUAUGCCUACGCCUACAGUCACUGGGAGACAGUGGAGUGGCUUUGUCGCCACGGAGCAUCGCUAGACACCGCAGAGUACGGCAGCACCGCCGACGCGCGCCGGAUACCACUGCUUCUUCCAGAUGCUCUCUGGACGUUGAGGUUCCGUGAUGCACGGCGACUCCUGUCUCUCUACCUCCCGACAGAGAUAUCCGGCCCAACCAUGAUGUUCUACCGUAUGCUCAUGUCCUGUUGCAAGGUCGCCUCACCAGCCGACAUUGAAACCCCGCUCUUUGCCUCGAGAUACAGAGAUCAGGACACCGCAGAGCUGCGCAUGGACUUCAUCCGCGACUUUGCCCCAAAGGCCAACCCCACGGCUUUCGAGCUCUCGCGCCUGUUCGGCCCGUCAUUUGGGGGCUUUUCGCCGCUGGGCAUCGCUGUGAGGAACGGCAGGAUAGAUCUGGUCAGGUUGCUGCUUGAGUUGUAUCCCGAUCUGGACGACGCGAUCCACAAGUGCCGCCAGCCGAUACUUCUCGUUGCCUGCACCUACGCAGUCUCGCCCCCGUCACUGGAAAUGAUAACGCUCUUGUUGGAGCACGGUGCUGCCGACCAUGUGAAAGCGCUCCAGAGUUUGACGACGCACAACACCUCCCCCCUCCGCACCAGGGUGGACGUCCCGACGGGACCUUUCGGGGAGAUUGCGCAGUACGACCCCGUCGAGGUGCCCGACAAGACCGCGAUUGCCCGCCUCCUUGUCGAGUCCGGCGUUGCUGGGUCGAGGGAGCAGCAGCUCCAGGCAAUCAACUGUGCUCUGCGCGAGUGCAACAUCAUUGGCCUCGAAUUUCUGUUGAAGCACGGGCAGGCCACGACAAUGACCAGCGAAGACGUGCACACAUGCUUGUCUUCGCUGUUCGCACUUGCGUAUGAUCACCAUGAGACAAGAACGGCCAAUCCCGCCGUCUUUGAACGCUGCAUGUUCACAUUGAUGGACCUUGCCGAGCAGCAUCAAGUCGUCGAUGUGAGCGGCAGCAUACUCGGGCUCCUCGUCAUCAACGGUGGCAUAGACCGAAGCAUCGUCGAGCACUUCCUCGACCGCUCCAACGACGACGCGAUCGAGAGGGCAGAGGAGCAAGGAAUGGAGCCCCUCCACAACGCCGUGCAGAGUGAGCGCGCCGAUCUCGUGUCGCUGCUCCUGGACAGAGGGGCCAGCCCGUCGAAAGCCAACAGUUUUGGCAGUACUCCUCUCGACCUUGCCAUCGGAAGCGACCGUACGGAAAAGGGCAUAGCCGAAGCCGUGAUCCGGGUCUUUCUGGACCACGACGGCCUGUCAAGUCUGCAGCUGCGCGCCAGCACACUGCCGUCCAGGUUACUAGCGCCGGACUCCAUGUCUAUCAAGAAGGCUCCUCCUCGAAGACCGACAGUGCUAGAGGCGGCCCUCGACAGCCAUUCUUCUUUUUUGCUGUCGCUCGUUCUGGACAAUCAUCCGCCCGCGACGUGGCCGGCGGAUCAGCUCGAACACGCGGUGCGGACCCUUGUCACGAAGCGGAGAGUACGGAUGCUCAGGAGAGUGCUCGUCGAAUGCGGCGGCGUCGUCGUCCCGAUGCACAGUCUCUGCCUGGAUCCCAUCCUGCACGAGCUUCUCGACAUGCUCCGCCUCGAGGUGUCGGAUGCCGCGAGGUUCCGUAAUUCCAACGUCGCCACAUCGCCAGGGGAGUUCACUACGCACGGGAGCGUCCUUGUCGCGUGGCUGUAUGCCGAGAUGGUGGUCAUCCUGCUCGAGCACGGCCGGGCCAGCCUCUCGAGCAGCGCGGGUACUGCCGAUUCUGUGACUGGUCUCGGCAAGCUUUAUGCCUUGAUGUACCCGCCCGACGACGACGACGCCGUCGUCGUCCCCUCGCUGCUGACCAGCCGUCGGGGCGACCUGCGGGCUCUAGGGGAAUGCUUGUCUGUUGCAUUGCGGACCAAGAUUGAGCUCGUUGGAGCUGGACUUGGAGGAAGUGGUGACAGCAGUAUUGGUGGUGGUGGUGAACGCAAGGUUCAAGAGGUUCGCGUGAAGCCAAGCGCCGUAUUCUCGGAUGCUGUGCUUGCGCACCUCCGUGAUACCACAGAUUACACGGACACUCAUGCUUACAUCCUUCCGUGGGAAUCAGUCUCGAUACCUGACCACACCGACGCUCCUGGUAGAUCCAAGUAGUAGAGACAGACAUAAAGUGAAUAUGGGACCAAUACCAUCAGCACCACGGGGGACCGUGGGGUCAAAACCCGUUGUUUCUUUUUCUGGGUCUGUUCUUCCACCGAGUCCUGAACCGUGGUGCCGACAUGUCAUCUUUUUUUAGCACAGCCUCAACGCAUUGGGGGUGUUUGAAGUGAAAAUGGUCUUGUCUUUAAUUAUGUACAUACAUCCUGCUGUGUCAAAAAAGAGAAAGGUGAAAAAAAAAUCCCAAGUUUAUCAGUUUGAUGCGCCAUUGU